AUGUACAAAAGAGCAGCUCAAAUUGGGAAUAUUUUAAGGAAGGAGAAGGAGAAGCAGGUUGUAGGAGAUAAGAGGAAAAAAAUGUCAAAUCAAUUUUCUAGGUCACAAAAUAACUUUAGUCAGAAAAAGCUAAGAUCUUUUGAGGGUUACCAAGGAAAUUCAUUUGUGGGAAAUGCGGGCCCUAGAAGGAAACCUAGAAAUGUUAGACCUUUGGUGGAUAGGGAUGGCAAAGAGAGGAGAAUAAUAACAAUAACGGUGGAGGAAAUGCUUAUGGGAAUAACAAUGGGGCGAGAUUUCAUCGCCAGUUUGGCAGUAAUCAGGGUCAUUCUGGUGGAAAUAGAAAUGACAAUACUGAAGGGAAAUGGAAGGGUUAGGCACUUAGGGAUGGAUUGGUUGAGCAAGUUCAAGGCAACUAUCGAAUGUAGAGAAUACAUGGUGAUUUUGAAAGGUCCGUUAGGAGAAGAGGUGAGGUAUCGGAAAUUUCAGAAGGGACCGAGGUCUAAUGUGGUGUCGACCUUAGAGUUGAGGAAAUUAAAUUUGGUGGAACACGAGGAACAUUUACGUAAGGUUUUGCAAACCCUUAGAGAAAACAAGUUAUACGCAAAGUUGUCCAAGUUUGAGUUUUGGUUGGAGAAGGUAUCUUUCUUGGGACAUUUCGUGUCCAAGGAAGGAGUCUGGGUGGAUCCGGCAAAAGUAAAAGCAGUGCGAAGUUGGUCAUCGCCCAAAAAUGUCACUGAAGUAAGAAGUUUCUUAGGGUUGGCUGGAUAUUAUAGACGAUUUGUUAAAAAUUCUCUUGGAUAG